AUGAGAAACAAAGAAGAAGAUGCAGUCGUUGACACAAGCCCUCAGCACGAGGGACGGAGGCGCCCACGCUACAACGGCGGCGGCAGCAGCAGCAGCAGAGAGGAGCGCGCAACCAGUCCCUCUAGCAACAUGUGGAUGCCUCAUGGACAUUCUGAGGGCCCCUCAGGUGUUCACACUAAGCCCAAGAAGAAGCAAAAGGCCUUCGAUUGGAGGCGGGCGCAGCGGCAGCGGGUGCUGCUGAAAAUUGCGUACAACGGGGAGGCUUACGCAGGUCUUGCCGCACAGGCAGAGACGUCCAACAUUUUAACAGUUGAAGGCGAGCUGUUUAAAGCUCUAGAAAAAGCAUGUCUAAUACCCAAUAGAGCAGCCUGCAACUUUUCGCGGUGCGGACGUACAGACAAGGGAGUGCAUGCGGCAGGGAAUUAUAUCUCUUUAGACCUGCGCAUAUUAAAGUCGAAAACGGAAGAAAAAGAGGGAGAUUGUAGGGUGUAUGUGUUACUCAUCAAUAAGCUUCUGCCCCCAGACAUCCGCAUCCUUGCCGCCACUCUUGUGCCACCGACGUUCGAUGCUCGGUUUGACUGUUUGUAUCGGGUGUACAAAUACUUUUUCAGCUUAACGGGGCUGGACCUGCAAAAGAUGCAGAAGGCGGCCAGUAGAUUCACAUCUGCACGCGAAUCUCUCUGUAUUCUAUACCAUGUUAUGCAUGUUUGUGUCGGCCGUUGCGUAUUUGCCCUCUUUUGGUUCUUGCUCAGAUCCCGUGUAUUUGCAUGGCGUCGGGUCAUUCGCUUUGACCUGGAGACACAUGGAAGCGGCUUUGCGGUGGCAACCAUCGUCCGCUUCAUGAUGGCUGCACUUAUGGAAGUUGGAAGAGGUGCGCAGCCUGCAACUUUUAUUUCGGACUUGUUAAAAGAAGGAGAAGAGGUGGAAGCAGCAGAAGAGGCCCAAAGAGCUGCUACUGCUGCUGGGCUGACAUCUGCAGCAGCUGCAGGGAACGAAGGUGCAGAGACAGCAGCAGCAAUUAGAGAGGUACAAACACAAAGGGAAGGCCGCCAGGGGCUCAGCCCGGCUCCUGCUUGCAACCUUGUAUUAUACGACUGCUGCUUUGAGGGCCUGUACUUCAGCCGCUCAGGCGUCGUGAACCUCCUCAUGGGGUUUCAAAGGAGCAGCAGCACCACCAGCAGCAGCGGUUUUGUAGCAAGUAAAGCGGCAGAAGGCACAGGCAAGACGGAGAUGCACGGAGUAGCCAAAGAAGCCAGAGGCACAAACAACUCGGAAAACGAAUAUCAAAAAGGUCCCAUCGUUGACGUUGCAGCAGCGCAACAACAUGGAGAGACCCCUCGGCCUGCUGCUGCUGAUGCACACCCACAGCAAGAUAGCAACUGCCAGUUUGCGCUUCCCCCCUGCAGCACCGAAGAAUCACGGACCUUUCAGGAGGAGUAUCUUCGUUCUGCGCAACGGUUGAUGGUGCUCAAGUGCCUUUGCGAGCACUCUUUCCCUCCAUGGUGA